AUGUUGCGAAAGGAAGAGUUGCAGAUGCAUAGACAGAAACUUCACGAGAAGUUGAGAGACCUUAAGGUGAAGGAUCGUAGGUACAAACUUCUCGAGGAGUUGCAAAAGGAAGUGUCGCAGGAUCGUGCAUACAAACUAUUUGAGAAGUUGCGAAAGCUAGAGGUGAAGGAUUGUAGACACAAACUUCUUGAGGAGUUGCGAAGGGAAGAGUUGCAGGAUCGUAAAUACAAACUUCGCGAGAUGUUGCGAAUUGAAGAGUCGCAGGAUCUUAAAUACAAACUUCGCGAGAUGUUACGAAUUAAAGAGUCGCAGGAUCGUAAAUACAAACUUCGCGAGAAGUUACGAAAGAAAGAGUCGCAGGAUCUUAAAUACGAACUUCGCGAGAAGUUGCGAAAGAAAGAGUCGCAGGAUCGUAGACAGAAACUUCUCGAGAAGUUGCAGAAGGAGGAGACGCGGGAUCGUAGACAGAAACUUCUCAAGAAGUUGCGGAAGGAGGAGACGCGGGAUCGUAGUCAGAAACUUCGCGCGACGUUGCGAGAGGGAAAGUUGCACCAACUUAGAGAGAAGCUUCACCAGAGAUUCCGGAGAGGAAAGUCGCAGCUCCAAGACAGCAGUCUCGGAGACGGACGGAAGUUCCGGGAGGAUUGGGAGAGUUAG